UUAUCGAUAAUCGAAUAUUUUACAGUGCGAAUAAUUAACGUAAUAUAACACUAGUUUUAAUUAUGUCUUAUUAAACCUCUCAAUACAGUUUAAAUAUGAAUUUCAUCAUGUUAACUAAUUUUUAUUUAAUUGACGUCUUCAUUUUUCGCAUCCUGCUUUGACAGAUGUGGACGUCGAAGCAGACUACGAAAUUUCACCCGUAUCACCUCAUUUGUUUCUAUUACUGAGCGUUUAUUGAGGCAGAUUUUGCCACGCCAGCAUGUAGCUUCUACAUCCCACUGAAAGCUUUUAAGAUAUAACUACGUUAAACCUAACAAUUGAGUUCUGUUAGAUUCGGAUAACGAUAAAAUCUUGUAUUUAUUUAUAAACUUCAAUUUGUGUGAGUCGUAAACUUCAAGUAUGCGAAUUGCAAUCGCUCUGUGGAUGUUCUUAUGGAGCGCAGAAGGAAAGACGCGAAAGGCUGUCACUUCAGUGAAUCCCGUUUCCUUGUCAACCAAUGUCAUGCCGCGACAGUUUGAACCAAUCGACGAGGCUUUUGUGCAACAUAAAGAUGUUCUUCUAGAAAUGCUAGAAACAAAACUAAAAGAACUGCGUGAGAAGAAAAAGAAAAAACAUGAGAGCGAGUCACCCGGUCGUUGUAAUGUCGGUGGCGUAGAACUUCGAUUGAAUGCAAGCGGCCUCAGUGUGGUUGGAGAAGCUGAUGCUGCUAUUCAACUUACUUCCGAUAACAGUUCUUUAGCGUUGGAGGCAUCGGGCGUUGCGGCUGUGGGACACGCACGGGUUACACUUAAUGGACCAAAUGUGCCUCAUAUAUCUGGCUUGGGGCAAUUGUUUGCUGGCAAUCCAAUUGGAGACUGCGCACAAAGUAAGACGACUAAUAUCACUGGGGACAAGACCAUAGAUGACGAAUCGGAGCCCCGGACGCAAUCCAAUGCAACUGAGUCACAGCACCCAAGAAGCACUACGAGAAAGCUAACCCAAAAAAUUACACAAUUUUCAGUCACCACACCCUUUGAAACGGCAUCUGACUAUGCUGAAUAAAGAUUUUUUCCUAUUGA